CGACGUCCCGGCGACUGUAUUUCACUUAAAUUGGUUCGUUUGCAGCAGUUCCAGGGAACUGAUAAGCGUUUGUACUUCUUUCUUAUCUCCAAUCCCCAAAACCCCAUUUGCAUGUAAGAAUCUUUAUUUUAUAAAAAGGGGUUUGAUAGUAUUCCGAUUAGGAUAUUUGAUUAUUUCAACAAGCAUGGCUUCGUCGAUGCUCUAUGGAGGUCAGCAUCUUACAUUAACCCCAAAAGGGUUAGGGUUUAAUGGGUCAGAUUUGCAUGGUAAGAAUUUGCUGAAGAUGAAUUUGGUUGGUAGAAAUUGUAAUUUUCGAUCUAAAACGCUAGUUGUACCCAAAUGCAGCGUGUCUGUACCAAGGCCAGCUUCACAGCCUAGGUUCAUACAGCAUAAAAAAGAGGCAUUUUGGUUUUAUAGGUUUCUGUCAAUCGUUUACGAUCAUGUGAUAAACCCUGGUCAUUGGACUGAAGAUAUGCGAGACGAUGCACUCGAACCAGCUGAUCUUAAUAGCCGCGAUUCAAUAGUGGUGGAUGUUGGUGGAGGCACUGGGUUCACUACUUUAGGUAUUGUAAAACAUGUCGAUGCUAAAAAUGUUACCAUUUUGGAUCAAUCGCCUCAUCAGCUUGCAAAAGCUAAAGAGAAGGAGCCUUUGAAGGAAUGCAAGAUCAUUGAAGGAGAUGCUGAAGAUCUUCCUUUCAAAACUGAUUAUGCCGAUAGAUAUGUGUCAGCCGGAAGCAUUGAGUACUGGCCGGACCCACAACGAGGCAUCAAAGAAGCAUACAGGGUUUUGAAGAUGGGAGGGAAGGCUUGUUUAAUCGGUCCUGUUUAUCCGACAUUUUGGUUGUCUCGUUUCUUUGCAGACAUGUGGAUGCUCUUUCCUAAAGAGGAAGAGUACAUGGAGUGGUUUGAAAAGGCAGGAUUCAAAGAUGUUGAGAUUAAAAGGAUUGGCCCAAAAUGGUAUCGCGGGGUCCGCCGACAUGGUCUCAUCAUGGGAUGCUCUGUGACAGGUGUCAAACCCACGUCAGGGGACUCUCCUUUGCAGCUUGGUCCAAAGGUAGAGGACAUAGAGACGCCUGUAAAUCCAUUUGUGUUCCUUUUACGUUUCCUUCUUGGGGCAUCAGCUGGAGUGUACUAUGUUUUGGUUCCUGUUUACAUGUGGAUCAAGGACCAGAUUGUGCCAAAAGGUCAACCAAUAUAAGAGACUGUUUUUAGUUUGUGUGCAAUGUUGUUUUGUUUGAACUGCAAUCUGUAAACUUUCUAGAGUUGAGAUUAUCAAGCAUUUGUUUUAUGAAAACUGAAAAGAGAAUCUAGUCUUUUGCCCAUGAA